AUGCUGUCUGUUGUCCUAAUUGUCGCUGCUAUGGUGUGUAUGAACUCUGCGAUCGUGUUUGAUGGGCCCUGUCACGUACUUCCACAACCAGUCAACAACAACCAGAGAAACAACACAGUAGAGAUUCCCGACUCCUGCAAGACCGGAACUAUCGCCUGGGACUACCCCAUGGGAGUUCUCCGUGUCCAUCUGACCCAGCCCGGAAAAUCAUUCAACUUGUGCCUGGUCCACUCGUCCCUGACCGGCUUUGAUGGACUACAUGUGGUCACUGGGGGAGCUUACCGCAAGGUGCCGGUACCGACCGAAGGUAAUCCAACCUGCACGCCUUCCGUUAAAGGAGAAGCUGCAUUCCUGGUCGAUGCUUCCAAGCUUCAGAUGUACAUGACUUACAUCGACUUCUCUUUUGCCUUCAACACAGUUCAGUAA